GCACGUUGGAAUCUCAUACACUUGGUUUUCUUCCGAUCAGCAUAACUCAGAUCACCCAAAAUCCCAAAUCAAUUUUUUUUUUGAUAUUUUGAGGAUCCGGUUAGGGAAUGCAGAGAGAUGAGAGGAGAUUCGCGGCUGUCUAACCGUGGGCGGGCUAAAAAAUCCACCGGCGGCAGAACUUGCCACCGUAAACACGUGGAGGACGGGUGAUUUCACCACUGCCACAUCCACAAAGGACAAUUGUUAUACUUCUAGUGUUGAAUUAGAUCUGUGUUACGUGUUUUUUUAAUUCAACGUAGAAUCAGUUUGAGGAAUCGAUGGCUGCAGAGGACAGAAACAAUGGCGUCCUACUCGGAAAGUACGAGCUCGGAAGACAAUUGGGGCACGGAACGUUUGCAAAGGUGUAUCAUGCGAGAAACUUGCAGACCAGUAAGAGUGUGGCGAUUAAGAUGGUGGGGAAAGAGAAGGUGAUUAAGGUCGGUAUGACGGAUCAUAUCCAGCGAGAGAUUUCGGUGAUGAAGAUGGUGCGGCACCCUAACAUCGUCGAGCUUCACGAGGUUCUGGCGAGUAAAUCCAAGAUCUAUUUCGCUAUGGAACUCGUUAGAGGCGGCGAGUUGUUUUCAAAAGUUGCGAAAGGUCGGUUGCGGGAGGAUGUUGCUCGGAGUUAUUUCCAGCAACUCAUAUCGGCGGUUGAUUUUUGUCACAGCCGAGGCGUAUAUCACCGAGAUCUGAAGCCGGAAAACCUAUUGUUAGACGAGGACGGCAAUUUGAAAGUGACGGAUUUCGGUCUCAGCGCGUUUUCAGACCAUCUCCGCCAGGACGGUCUGUUACACACAACAUGCGGGACCCCAGCUUACGUCGCACCGGAAGUAAUCGGGAAAAAAGGAUACGACGGUGCGAAAGCCGAUAUCUGGUCCUGUGGAGUCAUCCUCUACGUCCUUCUCGCAGGAUUCUUACCGUUUCAGGACGAAAACGUCGUUGCAAUGUAUCGGAAAAUUCACCGAGGAGAUUUCAAGUGUCCGCCAUGGUUUUCUUCGGACGCACGACGACUGAUAACCAAAAUGCUCGAUCCAAAUGCAAAUUCUCGAAUCGUCAUCUCAAAAAUCAUGGAAUCAACAUGGUUCAAGAAGGCGACGCCAAAGAAGCCUAAGUUCUUAGUCGAAAACGAAGACGAAUGCAUAAAUCUAAAAGGCAAGGAAGGUAAGACACUGAAUGCAUUUCACAUAAUUUCGUUGUCAGAAGGAUUCGAUCUGUCUCCGUUGUUCGAGGAGAAAAAAAGAGACGAAAAACAAGAGAUUAGAUUCGCAACGAUGAAACCGGCAGGGGCGGUGGUGUCGAAGCUGGAGGAGGUGGCGAAGGCGAUGAAGUUUAGCGUCAAGAAGAGCGGAGACGAAAGCAGUUUGAGGUUACAGGGUCAUGAGAUGGGAAGGAAAGGUAAAUUAGGAAUAGCAGCAGAGAUCAUGGCGGUGACGCCGUCGUUCUUUGUGGUGGAGGUGACGAAGUCGAGCGGCGACACCCUGGAAUACAACCAAUUCUGCAGCAAAGAGCUCCGGCCGGCGCUGAAGGACAUCGUCUGGACGUCACCCGCCAAUCACUCCACUCCGGCCUGAAUUAAGUCGAUUUUUUUUUUUUGUAAAUUGUUGGUUGGUUCAGAAAUUAUUAUAUAUAAUAUUAUGAACAAAAUUGUUCCCUGUGUCUCAGUCUGGUGUUCAUCGUCGCUUUUGUGUCGUGUCAUGUUGAAUUAAUUAUUAAAAUGUUUAUUUAUGGUCC